AUGGAGGCCAUGGCGGCCAGCACUUCCCUGCCUGAUCCUGGUGACUUUGACCGGAACGUGCCCCGGAUCUGUGGGGUGUGCGGAGACCGAGCCACAGGCUUUCACUUCAAUGCAAUGACCUGCGAAGGCUGCAAAGGCUUCUUCAGGAGGAGCAUGAAGCGGAAGGCGCUGUUCACCUGUCCCUUCAACGGAGACUGCCGCAUCACCAAGGACAAUCGGCGCCACUGCCAGGCCUGCCGGCUCAAGCGCUGCGUGGACAUCGGCAUGAUGAAGGAGUUCAUCCUCACUGAUGAGGAGGUGCAGCGGAAGAGAGAGAUGAUACUGAAGCGGAAGGAGGAGGAGGCCUUGAAGGACAGUCUGCGGCCCAAGCUGUCUGAGGAGCAGCAGCGCAUCAUCGCCAUCCUGCUGGAGGCCCACCACAAGACCUACGACCCCACCUACGCCGACUUCAGCCAGUUCCGCCCCCCCAUGCGCGUGGAUGAGUGUGGAGGGAGCCCCUCAAAGCCAUGCUUAGGUUACAUGCCCAGCUUCUCUGGAGACUCAUCCUCCUCCUGCUCAGACCAUUCCUUCCCUCACACUUCCCCAGAUAUGAUGGAGCCGACCAAUUUCUCCAACCUGGAUCUGAGCGAAGAAGACUCAGAUGAUCCUUCUGUGACUCUGGAUCUGUCCCAGCUCUCCAUGCUGCCCCAUCUAGCUGACCUGGUCAGUUACAGCAUCCAGAAAGUCGUUGGCUUCGCCAAGAUGAUCCCAGGGUUCAGAGACCUCACCGCUGAGGACCAGAUUGUGCUGCUCAAGUCAAGUGCCAUUGAGGUCAUCAUGUUGCGCUCCAACCAGUCUUUCACCAUGGACGACAUGUCCUGGACCUGUGGCAGCCAAGAUUACAAGUACGAAGUCAGUGAUGUGACCAAAGCCGGACAUAGCCUGGAGUUGAUUGAACCCCUCAUCAAGUUCCAGGUGGGGCUGAAGAAGUUGAACUUGCAUGAGGAGGAGCAUGUCCUGCUCAUGGCCAUCUGCAUUGUCUCCCCAGACCGCCCCGGAGUGCAGGAUGCGGCUCUGGUAGAAGCCAUCCAGGACCGCCUGUCCAACACGCUGCAGACCUACAUUCGCUGCCGCCACCCGCCUCCUGGCAGCCACCUGCUCUACGCAAAGAUGAUCCAGAAGCUGGCCGACUUGCGCAGCCUCAACGAGGAGCACUCCAAGCAGUACCGCUCUCUGUCUAUUCAGCCCGAGUGUAGCAUGAAGCUCACGCCCCUUGUUCUUGAGGUGUUUGGCAACGAGAUCUCCUGA